AUGUCCCAUGUUGUUGAACUGCAGCAGCUCCCCGCUUGGUCGUCCGCUUGCUCCUCUUCUUCGAUACCGGAUGGUAGUUUCCGGAGACAGUCCACCGCUGCCGCUCUUGCUGGCGCCGGCGCCGAAGCCGAAAAUGUCCUCCCCACCGGCUCUGCGGCUCCGGCCAAACCCGCUCCGUCUGUCGCCGCCUCCACCACCUCGGCCGAUCCGUCUGUGGUACUGUGGCACGCGACACGUGGGGGAUUGAGUCGCCGUGAAAGACGACUUCAAGAUGAGCCUCCGGUUCCUGGGGUUCAAUUGCCCUUUGAGAAAAAGUUCACGCCGUUUUCGCCGACAAAAACACUUGCCAUGUUCAUCAGGCGCAAAGCUCGCAAAUAUCCACUCGAAAAGUGGUGUGUUCUCCGUGCUCUUGCCAGCAACAAGUCUCCUCGAUUGCCCGGUUGUCUGGCACAGUUCAUGUUCAAGCAGCGUGUAGCGCACUGGCGCAAGUCUCGAGUCUCCUUCUACCACCUUAGAGGACUUCCAAGCUACCUCGAAACAGAGCAAGAAUGGGCAAGGCGCAUAAAGCGUCUUGCAAUGAAGGGAUACAGCACCAGCGAUCUCGAAGAAUGGUCGUGGAUCUUGGAAGGAAAAACUGGAGACGAAAUCGUCCAGCGGUUCGUCUCUCGCGACACUUUCAAGCCAUAUUUUCUCAUGAACAUGGUCCUUGGGCGCGAUAAAAGGAUAUUCCAAGCGGAGAGCCUCGCCGCCAUCUUUGAUUACAUCUCCCGACAUUACCUGGAACCGAGACAAAAACCUGAACAGAAACAAGUUGGUCCAGAAUUUCGGUCAGACGUCUUCAAGAUUAUGAUGUAUCGACUCAUGUGGCAUUGCGCGGCCAUAUGGCCUGCUGCUCUGAUCUCGGUUUCCCAUCUCGUUGCGACAUACCUCGAGACCUGCCACGUUGAUGUCGGAGGUAACGACCCAGUGAGGUGGCAGAGAAUAAGAUGUCGGAUCUUUAACAGCGCUCUGUGUGCGCUUGACAGGAGGACGCCCAUCGCUCCUUACAAGCACAUCCGUUACAACUGGGAAGCCCAGAAGGUCCUUCUCGCCGCGUCUGUCAGAAUGAGACCUCACUUGCUGAUUACCCAGAACGGCUACCGCUCCAUAAGAAGGGUGUUGCUGGGGAUGAAGAAAACACCAGCAGAGGAAAAGGCCAUGAUUCGGUCGGCAAAGACCUGGCCACCAUACCGUUUGUCGUGGGAUGGAGUGGACGAGCAACGCGAUCGUGAAGAGGAUCUGAGCAGGAGUGCUAAAGCAGGAAUUAUGAUGGUCGAAAACGGGUACCCCUCUCAGCCCAUUGAUGAGGCAUUGACCAAGCUGGGUGGUUCAUUGCCCGGCCGACAGCGCACAAUCAUGACCAGGACUGACGGACCACCCAAAUGGAGCAGUCCCAACAUGUUUGUCUACGCCACGUGGGUUACAGCCAUCCAGGCCACGCGCAACGUUAGGGAGGCCUGGACGGAGUUUCAGAGACCUCCUCGACCCAACCUCCAGCCUACUGCCGAUGUGUAUGCUGCCAUGUUGGAAAAGCUGUUUGCAGAGCAAGUGCCGCCAGAUAGUCCGCUGCUACCGGGUGACUCGCGACAUUAUGUCUUUCCAGUUCAUGACGGUAACCUCAGCGCCUAUGAGAUCUCGAGACUUACUCCCCCGUCUCCUGAUGACUUGUAUCGACAAAUGCGGGAGCGCAAUAUCCGACCAAACGACCGUCUCCUCGAGCUUUUACUUCGAAACACCAACUCAAUAGAGGUCGGGUUGCAAUACAUCCUGGACGGCGGGUACAGCGCGAUUGCGAGACAAGCUUUGGUUGGGUGGUCCGAGGAUGUUGAGCAGCUAAAUACCCUCCCCGUUCGCGUCUUCGAUGCGUGGAUCAAGCUGUUGUGCAAAACGCACUCCAAUUACCCCGACCCGGACCCUCAGUCGUUCUCCCAUAACCAUAUCCCACUGGCUAUCAAAAUCACCAAGCUGUACCAACAGGGGAACGCAAGGGCUGCCCACCAGGACAAGCGGCCGUGGUACACGAUCCUCCGAGCUUUGGCCACCGACAAAUACAUUGUGAGAGAGGGUGAAGGAACAACCCAUCCACACUUGCAUACGCUCAAGGUGUUUAUGAAAGCGUAUCGGCAGACGGUAUUCGCGAAAGGCCUGGAUACCACCAUCUUCGACCUACUGAGUCUCAUGGUACGAAAGUCGACGGUUGCACUGGCAUUUGAAACGAGGAAAGCGAUGGCUACAGCAACACCAACGGAGAAGUACGGAGAUUUGAGAAUGGUGCCAGUGAUUCGGCUCGCUGCUCAAAAGCUCCAUGCCACUUUCAAAGAGAUGGUCAGGCCCGUUUCGGUCCCAUCCAACGGCGGCGCAUCAGCAUGUUUCGAGCUCCCCACGUUACAGUACACGCUGACGGCGCCUCAUAUAUUCCGGUAUAUGCAAGCUCUAGGAUGUCUGGGCAACGCGCAACUGAUGUUGAGCUUGGUAAACUGGGUGGUCGACUCUUGGUUAGACCCUCGAAUAUUGGAAAACGCAAGGGAGCCGGGCGAAAGCGAGUAUAAGGUCCUGAUGCAGACGUUUGCAUAUUUUAUGGAGAUGUGGCCUCAUCUGCCAGUCAAUGAUUCGCUACAAACCAUGCUGGUCAGAACGAGGCAAAAGCUCGAAGCACUCAGGCAGACACAAGGCUGCACUUGGCACCUCCCGGCAAGGAGAACGGACGGAGACGUAAAGGGUACGGAUUACGUCGUUGCUGCGCGUUGGCUCAACACGCAGCGCCUUGAAAAGGUACAGAUUGCUUAUGGUAAUGGACUGUUCUUGGAACUGUUGAGAGUUGAAUAUGACAUGUCGGCCUGA